CUAGAGCCCCUCUAGGCUACUUCCCACUCAUCCGCGGACAUAGCGUCUAACCUGCUCCGCCAUCUUUUCCUCAACUAGCUCUUGAAUCCCUUGUACCCAUUUAAUAUAACUAGGGUGCUUCGCUUCAUUGCCACCAGAGCUGGCGAAACUACGUGCUCUUUGUGGGUCUUUUGAGGCUGUUGAUACUGGUGACUUGAAAGCAUUAAAGAGAUCGUAGUGAGGGAUCGAUCAGUUUAUUUCGAUUGUUGCAAUUGAGACAAGUUUGAUAUACUUGAAGGCAGCCGUCGAUCUUGCACGCCAGCUGAGCCAUCUGCUGUUGUUGCUGCUGUCAAGUUCUUUUUUAGGAGCAUACUUCCUUGUGAGAUAGAUAACAGAUUUUCUACGGGUUGUAGUGAAGAGGUUUGGCAGUGUGAUUUUUAGUUUCUGGAUUGAAGCAGAUAUCAAGAAUGGGUAGCCGGCUGAGAGAGGUGCUCUAUGGCGAACCUGUGUAUCGCACGAGGUUCUAUCAGCAAAGCCGGGCCCCUUAUUCCUGGAGCCACUCAGUGUACCCAGAGCGAUCUCGCGGCUCCCUGCCUGUGCUGGAGCUCAAGGUCCCUAUGUGCUGCGAAAAAUGCCAAGAGAAGGUGAAAGAGGAGUUGGAGGAGCUGGAGGGCGUUCAAGACGUUAUCUGCGACCAACUCAGUCAUCGAGUGACAGUCAUCGGUUUCGUCGACCCUCUCAAAGCUCUCAAGAAAGUGAAGAAGGUGAAGAAGAAAUCGGAGAUUUUCACCGAAGGCACCUACAUCGAGAGCAUCCAUUCCGGCCGCUCAGGUUACGACGACGAGUUUGAAAUCGACCGCGACACUCGGUACAUCAACAGCCGCAUGGUCCACAACCAUCGCUUCGGACGUGACUUAACCCGUUCCAACUCCUUCGGUCGCGGUUUGGGCAGGUUGGCAUCCUUCGGUCGGGUUACUCCAUACUACAACCCAUACGACGACUUCGAGUACAGGGGUCGUCGGGGGGAUUUCUUCGGCAUCCGCCGCAUGCCUUCAUUCAACCGACACCGUCACCACGACGCUGAGUACAUCUCCAUGGACAGCCAGUACGCACCUCUCUACGGCGACACACAAUACACAUCAAGUUACAGUGAACGACCCAUAUAUCGAUCGCAACGAUCAUUCUCCAACAUUCCGGUGACGAACCCUUACUACAUCAAGCACAUCGAGUCUGAGUAUUAUUAAGUGGAUCGACUUCGGCGUCUGAACGACAUCAUUGACAGCCUAGUAGAGAGAGUUGCUGCAGUUCAGCUAAUCGAUAUUGACGAUGACGGAUGAGAUAAGGAAUUUUGAGUGCACAGGCACCACACUGAAGCUCUACCAAGUGAGUGGAAAAUUUUGGCUCUAGGUUUAGGACACUGAUAAAAAAAAAAAUUAAAAAUAAAUAAAUAAAGGGGGGGGGGGUUGCUUUGGCCGGCUUGCAGUUGUUCAUACGAUUCGGAAUUUGUUUAUAAUUAAAGUAUUAAUUGUCCAUA